AGCCCCCAUGUCACUGAGAUGAAACAGGACUGCUAGUUGCACACUUGGGUUUCCUCUUAAACUUCCUCAAAACGGGUCUGAGUAAUGAAAUACUAUCAACAAGGGACAGUAACCUAGCAGCGAAAUCAGUUGUUCUGUGUUGGUCUGCUUCCUGCACUGCCCUCAAAGGCCCGCUCAGCGUGCAGCAAGUGGGGACGGCAUUUCACUCCCUACUAUGGAUCACGACAGGUUCCCCUUCCUUAACUCCACUAAUGCCACCGAGGAGCUGCCGGGCCACCUCUACCGGAUGUCUCCUGUGGAAUUUGGGGAGACGGGCCUGCGAGACAACGGAUCUCAUACACAGGACCAAAUAGCAACCCAAGGCAAUGAACUGGACACAAACGAAUGGCGGUUAGGACCUGAACAAUGUAUCAGUUCUGACCCAGACACUGAAGGUCUUCGGCUGACUGACAUAUUAUGGGACAGUGAGGAAGAGCUGGAAAUAUAUUCAGAAGAUGAGGAAGAGAAUAAGCAAAUUGGUGAAGAUGCAGAACUUCUGGAGCAUGCCAUGAACAUACUUGGUGUUCCAUUCCCUGUUAUAGCUCUACGGAAGGCCAUACUGACUGGAUUAUCAGAGAUUCCAGAAGGAGUCACUGACCACAUUAUACAAUACCCUUGUUAUACUACAGAUUGUGGCCUUGGAUUUCCAGCACUCUGUCUGGCUUCCUUACUUGGAAAUUUUGCAGUAGUGGAGAAUUUGUUGCACCUGGACAUAAAUAUCAACCACACAGUAGCAGAUGAACAUGGAUCAGACACUGGCAUCACAGCCCUCCAUUGUGCUGCUGCUGGGGGCUACAUCACUAUUGCAGAUCUCCUGCUUACAGAGGGUGCAGAUGUGAAUAUUUGUACCACAGCAGGAGUGUCACCACUAUAUAUUGCUGCUGAAGAGCAGGAGACUGAUAUGGUGAAGUUCUUGUUGGAACACGGAGCAUCUCCAAAAUGUAGCUCCAUUAAGCUUACUAGCAGGUUUCAAAAUGACCUACCACAGAAGACUUUGCGUUCACAGGAUGGGGAAGUCGAUCUCAGUUACAGCUUUCUAAACCGCUGUAGAUUUGCAGGGCAAAGUGCAAGUAUUGAUUCUUCAGAUUUUACUGUGUGUGAUGACUGGACACCACUGCAUCAUGCAGCUGAACUCAACCAUUCAGAGAUAUUAUCACUUCUUCUGGAUGCAGGGGCAUGUAUUGAUGCAGGGACAGCACUUGGAGACACCCCACUGAGCAUAGCCUCAGCUGCAUCUGCUGCAAAUGCAGUGGAACUUUUACUGAGUCGGGGAGCAAAUGUCAAUUGUCAGGUAGAUAUGCAUGCUCUGCACAUGGCUGCAGCUUAUGCAGAUCCUGAGGUUAUGUGUAUGUUGAUACAGUAUGGUGCACACCUCAAUGUACAGACGAAGGAUGGGCGCACACCACUACAUUAUGCUAUAGAUAAAUGGAACCUCUGUUCUGUGCCAAAACUGCUCAGCGCUGGAGCAGAUCCGAACAUUCAGGAUUCCCUGGGGCGCUCACCCCUCCACUGUAUUUUCAUGUUCAGCUUUCUAGAGUCCAAUGAGAGACAGCCAUUCCCAUCAGACAUUUUGAUGGAACUCAUUAAACAUGAUGCACAUGUCAAUCUUUGUGACAUUUUGGGAAGGACACCAUUGCAUUUUGCAGUGGCUAUUGGUCAAGACAACCUUGUUGGACUUCUUUUGCAGAAUGGAGCUUCACUAGUCAAAGAUGUUAGUGGAAACUCUCCACGGGAUGUAGCAGAGAUGCAUGGAUACAUUCAGAUUAUUCAGAUGUUGCAAGAGCCAUUCCAGCAUCUAGUGAAGGUAGAAAUGAGUUCACACAGUGUUAUGGAACCAACAGAUCAUUCAAAGGAAAAUACUGCAAAUAUCAGUACUUCUGUCUCUCCUUUCAAUAGUGGUAGUUCAGAACCACUUCUUUCCCUCUUGCCCCUCAGCCAUUCACUUGCAAUCCCUUAUUUAGUCCCUUAUGAUGUCUGUGACAAGCAAUCAAAUGUUCACUCAGAAUCUGACUUUAAAAAAAAGAUAAGGCAAAGCAAGUUUAAGGAUGAUGUCCUGGAAGCACUUCAUGAAGAAUAUUCAGCUGGGGAAUUUCAUUUUGACACAGACUGCCAAGAAGAAAAAUGCCAGCUGGUGAAACAAGUAAUGCAAUUUGUCCAAGAGCUGUCUGCACAGAUGGCUGAGCUAGACUCCAGGUUCAGUGGUUCACUUAUUCCUUCAGGGUCUGUCUUUGAAGGGACCAAGAUUGGUCACCCUGAUGAACUGGACUUCCUGUACAUUCUGGAGAGGCUUGAGGAAACAAACAUUGAGACAGUGGAAAGGCACAAAAAUCUGAGUGAUCCAUAUACAUACUUGAAAUUCAAGCAAGGUACAGGAAAAGAGUGGGAGUCUUUUGCCACAUCAGAAGGAUUUCUGUCCCCUCUUCAGCUGAAGAAACAUAUAUCACUGCUGUUAAUGGUAGCUGCACAAAAGGUAAGGAAGCCAAAACAUCUGGAAUUUCAGGUUCUUUGUUACUGCCCUGCAUGGAAAAAAUGUACAGCAUGUUGCCCACUCAUUCAAAGCAGUGGUGUUGGAGUUUGCUUUACAAUGGAAUGGAAGGGAGAGGAAUUCCCAAAUCUGCACAUAGAUGUGGACUUUGUUCCUGCUGUCCGCCUGCAAGGGUGGCCAAAACGUGCAUCUGUCAUACCAAAACUGGUUUCAGAACACCAGGAACUUUAUUACUGUCUUGUUCCAAAAGAUCCACACAUCCAGAACCCAAUGCAUUCCCUGGAUUGGAGGUACUCUUUCUCCCACAUUGAAACUAGACUUUUUCAGAAAAUACCUCAGAGAUUACUGAAGUGUUUCCGGCUUCUCAAAAUCCUUAAAGAGCUGUAUGUGAAAAACAAGGCUGCUGAAUCCCUAAACACAUACCUCUUAAAAACACUGUUCUUUCACUAUGUUAAUAACUUCACAGACUAUAGCUUCCUGGAGGGGAAGUCACUGACCUACAUCAUCCUUAAAGUUCUGCAGAAUAUGGCUGCCAUGGGGCCUGUAAGAAGUGACUUGUAUUCAAUAACUGUCUCAGGGUUUUUCGUUGAGCACUGUAAUCUGGAACUACAGAUAAGGGAUGAAACAGGCAAAAGUGCUGCUUUUCAGAUCAUCAAGGACUUGCAUUUUCAAUGAAUCCUGUGAAUAGCAGGACAUGACUUUUGCAUGACAUCUCACAUGCUAACUCAGCAGUCUUGGUAUAACAUUUAAAUAGCUAAAUGUAAUGUGUUAUGUUACUCAAAAACUGUAGCAGUGAGUAAGUUAAGACAAUGCACACUGUUUGAUCAUUCUAAUGAAUAAUGCCAGUGAAGUGGUGUGUUAACAUGCCAGUGAUGUUCAUUGUCAGUGUACACUGUAAGAUCGUCUGAAAUGUAAAACAUUCUCUUAACAUUUUCUGAUUUGGCAAUGUUAGACUAUAUAAAUAUAAUGAAGAAUAUUUUCUUCUAAAAUGUAUAAUAGCCAUAAGAAGUAGCAAUACAAUCCAGUAAAGUACUUGUGCUUCUAAAGUGGGACUGGAUUAUGUUUUAUAAACUUGUAUGUAAUAUGUAUAAGUAAUAUGUAACAUAAUAUAGUAUUAUUAAUUCCAAGUCUUGUAUAAAAUGAGUAUGUGCAUAUUAGUGAACCACAUUUGCUGACUUCUGUACUUGGAAGUGUAUCACUUGGAGACACUAUUGGCACAUUGUUAUUGUGUGAAAACAUUUCAGUAAGUAAUGCAGCUCCAUUAAUAACAGCACAUGGAAUGUAUUCUCAGUGUGUUGACCAUUGUGAACUGCCUCUUUCAAUUUAUUCAUCUAAUAUUCUGCUGUCUGUUCUCAAAAGUCUGCUGUUUUCAUGACAUUUACACAUAAUAUCAAAACUCCUUCUGCAUUACCUAGGUGGCUGUUGAACCCCUGUUCUGCUGUUUUCUCUUUCUGUAUUUUUGCUGUUGUCAUAUGACAAUAUAAAUUGUCAGUAUAUUCAGCUGUUUGCAUUUAUGGCCAAUUUCUACCAACAACAACUUAGAAGUGACUUCAUGUGCUACAUUACAUAAUUAACCAUGUUGUUGUCAGUCUUUCUUUCACACUGACUCCUUUUUUGUGCCCACAUUUUGUGUUGCACCUUUUCUGUCUCUUAUUUUUGUGUACUUCACAUUUCUUUUUUUUACCCCUCUCUCUCUCUUUCCUUCAUGGAUAUUUUUUAACUAAACUGUAAAAUGAUACAGUAGUGAGAAGAUAAAACAGUACAGAACCUUAAGUGAGUUACUGAUAUGUGCUGUUUUGCAAAUAGUGAUAGAUAACUGGAGAAACCUUCACCUUCUUCUUGGCUGUUAUCUCAUCAGUGACAUAACUGUAUAUUAAAAUUGCACUGUCAUAAAGAAGCA